AUGGCUCGAAAAGUGGAAAAUGUGGACAUCCUUGACAUGGAGUUGUAUUUUCCUUCACAAUACGUGGAUGAAAUAGACUUGGAAAAAUUUGAUGCAGUCGAUACAGGCAAGUACACCUUUGGACUUGGUCAGAGUAAAAUGGGUUUUCGCUCUAAUAGAGAAGAUAUUAAUUCAGUAUGUCUUACUGCCCUACAUAGACUUAUAGAGAGGAAUAACAUUAAUUUACGUGAUAUUGAACGCCUUGAGGUUGGUACUGAAACUAUAAUAGAUAAAAGCAAAAGUGUAAAAACCUUUCCUGUGACAUUAUUUGCUAAAGAAGGGGCUACUGAUGUAGAAGGGAUGGAUUCUACCAAUGCUUGCUAUGGAGGUACAGCAGCUCUUUUCAAUGCAAUAAAUUGGGUUGACUCAUCCUCUUGGGAUGGUAGAAAAGCAAUUGUGAUAGCAAGUGAUAUUGGAGUGUAUGGAAAAGGACCUGCUAGACCAACAGGAGGUGCUGGAGCUAUUGCAAUGUUAAUAAGAACAGAUGCACCGUUAGUUUUUGAUUGUGGUGUUCGUGCAUCUUAUAUGACACAUGCUUAUGAUUUUUAUAAGCCCGAUUUAGCAUGUGAAUUUCCUUAUGUUGAUUGGAAAUUGACUAUUAAAUGCUAUUUAAAUGCUUUAGAUAAUUGUUAUAAUCUACUUUGCAAGAAAAUGAGAAAUGUUGACUCUAAUUUCAAAGGUCUGUUGAGUUUGUAUGACAUGCUGUUUCAUAAACCUAAUUGUAAGUUAGUGCAAAAAUCAUUAGCUAGAGUGUAUUGUAAUGACUCCCUGAAUGCAUUACCUAACGUUUGA